UUGCACAGAGACACACACAAACUUCAUCUCUGCUCCACCUGCCGAAAGUUGUGCAACCAUGGCCACGUACACUGUGAGAUUCGCUUUCCUGGGGAUGCUGCUGACGGGAGCGAGCGCGUUCAUCGCCCCGUCUGCGUUUUUGGGAUCUUCAUCUCCUGCUGGGCGAAUGGCAGCGGCGGAGGAGUCCACGGGACUGUCGAUGGUUGCGGCAGGACCCGACGCGAAGGUUUUGGAGCAGCCCCUGAUCGCGGAUGACAUCACGCAGCUCAUCGGCAAGACGCCGCUUGUCCGGCUAAACCGAGUUACGGAAGGGUGCGAGGCUACCAUCCUGGCCAAGCUUGAGUCCAUGGAGCCCUGCAACUCCGUCAAGGACAGAAUCGGACUCAGCAUGAUCGACGAAGCGGAGAAGCGCGGACAGAUCAAGCCCGGCGUCACGACUCUCGUGGAGCCGACGAGCGGCAACACCGGUAUCGCGUGUGCCAUGGUUGCGGCGGCGAGGGGCUACGACAUCGUCCUCACUAUGCCGGACAGCAUGUCCCUCGAGCGCAGGGUGUUGCUUAAGGCGUUCGGUGCUCGGCUGGUGCUGACGCCGGCGACGAAGGGCAUGGGAGGAGCGGUGGCGAAGGCGGAGGCUAUCGUAUCCGACCUCGGGGAGAACGCCUUCAUGCUCCAGCAAUUCAACAACCCUGACAACCCCAAGAUCCACCGCGAGACCACCGGACCCGAGCUGUGGACGCAGACCGCCGGGAAGAUCGACGCCCUCGUGGCCGGGGUGGGCACCGGCGGGACCCUGACCGGGUCCGGCCAGUAUCUGAAGGUCAUGAAGCCUUCCCUUUGCGCGGUGGAGCCCGUCGAGUCUGCGGUCCUCUCCGGCGGCAAGCCCGGCCCGCACAAGAUCCAGGGGAUCGGGGCCGGCUUUAUCCCCGGCAACUGCGACACGUCCCUCAUCGACGAGGUUCUUAAGGUGACGUCGGACGAGUCGAUGGCCAUGGCCCGCGAGCUUGCGAAGAAGGAAGGGCUCCUUGUGGGUAUCUCCGCUGGCGGUGCCGUCCACGCCGCGCUGGACCUGGCGAAGAAGCCGGAAAUGAAGGGCAAGACCAUCUGCGUCGUCAUCCCUUCCUUCGGCGAGCGGUACCUGUCGACAGCACUCUUCUCGAACAUCCUUGACGAGGCCAAGGAACAGAAGGCGGAGGACUAACCGAUAGAAUACCGCGACUUGACGUGGAAAAGUAGCUGUUUCGAGGAAGCAUGUCGUCACGUUUCCGCAUACCUUCCGAUUAAUUCAGCCGUGGUGCCGUCGAAUGGCAAUCUACGCACGUACAGCAGUAUAUAGUAGAUUGCAUGGGUUCCAUUCGUGAUUGAUUGGUAGUCAAGGAAAUCAAGCAUGAUCUGCUACUGCGUUAUGAAAUGUGUGCAUUAAAAUGCCAUUUAAUUCGGCAGGAGCACGACAUGUCCUCUCUUCGUGCCCCUGCUCAAGGGCACGGAAAGCGGUCAUAACACACACAUGGAACUGUCUCCUUGCCGCCGACGCCUUCUGAGCCUUGUUGAACUCCCAUCGACAGCUUUUGGCAAGGGACACUGGUUGGAACAACCAGGGUUGUUGGUUAUGUCUUGGAAUCGUUACAAUUGUACAACGAAAUGCUUGAAUGACUUCGCGCGUGCCUUGCUUGAUACUCUGUAUUAGUUUGGCAAGAAGGGUUCCUAGAUAAAGCGAGGGUAGGUUGAGGGAAGUGAUUGCUGUUUGAGUGAAGGCUUUUUCGAGUUUGUGUGCUUUUGACGACGUGACUGCUGCUGUCGCGUGCGCUAUAUUGGGUGGAAGGACAAGAGAAAAGACUUUUGGGGUGUUCCGCGGUAAAGACGAAUAGUUUCCACGAGUUUUUCAAUGAGCAGCAAGAAAUGGUUCCCAACCUCUGAAAAUUUGUACCAACAUCCGUUAGAUCACGAGGAUCACGAAAAUAUACUUAUUUUUCCAUUUGGAUGUCGUGGUGAUGACUUUUUUUGAUGAAUUAGUGGCCAAAAUUGGGUGAAAAUCGCGUCUGCGGGCCCCCCGAGCAAGUUGCAAACGCCUCCGAAUCGUAUAUAAUAUCAGGUAGGGUAAUGUUGUGUUGUACAUCAAGGAUCCGUCGUCAGAAUUUCGAUCAGGAUCGAUGAGGCCGUGAUACAGCUACGCACUGAUAUAUAUGCGCGAAAGCAGGGAUAACCUGGACUUACUAGGAAUUACACUGAAAUAUCCCCCCUCCCGCAACACUUUCUACAUGUUGAUUCAAUCU